GCAGUGCCAUGAGACGGGAGCGUGACGCAUGCGCAGUGCCGCAGAGGUGUCUGUAGAGCAGAAGGGUCUCCUCUCCGAGGGUCGGGAUGUGGUACGAGAUCCUUCCGAGCCUGACGGUGAUGUACGUCUGCCUCACCAUCCCGGGCCUCUCCACCCUCUGGAUCCACAGAUACACCAACGGCGGGAAGGAGAAGAGAAUCGCUCGGAACACCUACCAAUGGCACCUGAUGGAAAGAGACCGGCGCGUUUCAGGAACCAAUCGCUACUUUGAGUCCAAGGGUUUGGAGAAUAUUGAUUAAAAACUAUGGACUGCUGACUGUUCUUGAAAUCAGCCAAGCACUGAUGAUAAACAUGGAUUCCACUGAAGCGUGCAAUAUGUCAGCCAUAAACCUGAGAGGUGGAAGAAAAAGAGACUCUACUAAUUAUUAACACUGAAAUCUAUCGUAAUAAAAGAGAAUGCAUGUC